AUGAACAACAAUCGACCUCACAAACAGUCCAUGUCGGAGCUCAAGCUAAGGAGGUUGGCCGAGCACAAUCAGAGGUUGAGAGAGGAUCUGGACAGACCUCGUGUAAGAGUCAGCGAAGCUAGUGCAAGUCUGAUCCGUUACUGCAAAUCGACUCGCGACUGCCUUGUCCCAUCAGUAUGGGGCACAUUGGACAAGAAGGAGGACCCUUACGCUCCUGGCGGUGGAGGUUGCAACUGCGUCGUGCUCUAA